AUGGGAGCCAGCAACCUACACAGCGACGGCCCCCGGGCCCUGCGCGAGCUGAUGGACGCGGCAUGCAGCGCCUCGAAUGGCAUCCCAGGCGCAUCGGUGGUGGUCGUCAACCGGGACGGCCACGAAGUGUUUGCCCACGCCGCCGGGAAACGCGGGGUGGGAAAACCCGAGCCCAUGAGCCUCGACAACAUGUUCUGGAUUGCGUCGUGCACCAAGGUCAUUACGGGAAUUGCGGUGAUGCAGCUGGUGGAGCAGGGGAGGCUCGCUUUGGAUGACGCUGACCAGUUGGAGACUGUUUGUCCGGAGCUCCGCGAUGUCAAGGUCCUGCGCGACGACGGCGCCAUGGAAGAGAAGAAGAGACGAAUUACCUUGCGCAUGCUGCUCACUCAUACUGCGGGGUUUGGCUAUACCUUCUACAACACAAAACUCGCGGAAUUUGGGCGACCGGUCGGAUAUGAUGAGUUCUCGGGGCAAUUCUGUGACCUGCUGCAGCCGUUGAUAGCGCAGCCAGGUGAAGAGUUCAACUACGGAGUCAACCUAGAUUGGGCUGGUGUGGCUCUAGAACGCGUCACGAAUAUGCGCUUGAACGACUAUAUGCAGAAGCACAUAUUCGACCCGCUUGGACUCAAGAAUAUCACCAUGUUCCCGACCGCGCAGAUGAGGAAGCAUCUAGCGUAUAUGCACCAACGGGCCGUGGACGGCACCGUCUCGCUCCGCGACCAUCUCAUGCACCGCUCCCUUACUGUGGACGCCGACGACGCCAAGAGAUGCCUCAACAGCGGCGGUGCGGGAUGUUUCGCCCAGCCAGGGGAGUUUUGCCAAAUCCUCGCAGCGCUCCUAAACAGCGGCGUCUCCCCUCGGACCGGAGCGCGCAUCCUGCAAAAGUCCACCACGGAAGAAAUGUUCACCAACCAGCUCCCACACAUGCCCAACCUCGCGCGCAAGCACUACCCGGCCGCGAAGCCCGACCUCGUCGCCCCCGUCGACGAGUUCUUCCCGCAGCCGCCCGACCAGCCGCAGGGCUGGGGCCUGACCUUUAUGAUCACCCCGCAUCCGAGCGCGACGGGUCGCGGGGCGAAUGCCGUCCACUGGGCGGGGCUGCCGAACCUCUGGUGGUGGCUUGAUCGUGAGAAGGGCGUUGCCGGGAUGAUUUGUACGCAGAUCAUGCCGUCGUCUGAUGCGAGGGUCGGAGAGCUGAUUGGCGCGGUGGAGAGUGCCGUGUAUCAGCAUCUUGUGUGA